AGUUCCCUCUUGAGAAACGAAAGCAUUUCCGGCUUCCGGUGGCAUGGCUGAUACGUACCCUGAGGGCGCGCCCCCAACCCAGGUCAGGAAGAGGGAGCAGUUCGGGAGCAGGUUCCUGAGCGAUCCGUCGAGUGUCUUUCACCAUAAUGCCUGGGACAAUGUGGAGUGGUCGGAAGAGCAGGCUGCGGCUGCCGAAAGGAAAGUGCAGGAGAACAGUGCCCAGCGGGUGUGCCAAGAGAAACAAGUUGAUUAUGAGGUUAAUGCCCAUAAAUACUGGAAUGACUUCUACAGAAUUCAUGAAAAUGGGUUUUUCAAGGAUAGACACUGGCUUUUUACGGAAUUCCCUGAGCUGGCACCUAGCCAAAACCAAAAUCACUUGAAGGAUUUGCUCAUGGAGAACAAGAGGAAUGAAAUCUCUGAAUGCCAAAGCAGUAAGAAUGGAACUGGUUUAACAACUAGUGGAGAACACCCCAAGUGUUCUUCAACCUGCCUGGGACAUAAAACACAGUUACCUCCUGAGAAGGAAACUGUCGCUGAGAAAUUCAAUCACCUGCCAAUUUGUGCUAAGUUUCCUGGAUCCUCAGCCACCUACCGAAUACUUGAGGUUGGUUGUGGUGUGGGAAACACAGUCUUUCCAAUUUUACAAACUAACAAUGACCCAGGCCUCUUUGUUUAUUGUUGUGAUUUUUCUUCCGCAGCUGUAGAACUGGUCCAGACAAACUCAGAAUACAACCCGUCUCGAUGUUUUGCCUUUGUUCAUGAUCUUUGUGAUGAAGAUCAGAGUUACCCAGUGCCUGAGAACAGUAUUGAUGUCAUCGUUCUUAUAUUUGUUCUUUCAGCGAUUGUUCCAGACAAGAUGCAGAAAGCUAUAAACAGACUGAGCAGGCUUCUGAAGUCUGGAGGGGUGAUUCUUCUACGAGAUUAUGGCCGUUAUGACAUGGCUCAGCUCCGGUUUAAAAAAGGUCAGUGUCUCUCUGGAAAUUUUUAUGUGCGAGGCGAUGGCACCAGAGUUUACUUCUUCACUCAAGAUGAACUGGACACACUUUUCACUACUGCGGGACUAGAAAAGGUGCAGAAUCUGGUGGAUCGCCGAUUGCAGGUGAACCGAGGAAAACAGUUGACAAUGUACCGAGUUUGGAUUCAGUGCAAAUACCGAAAGCCUCUUCUGCCCAGUACCCACUGAAGGGCCCCUGCUCCUGACCUGACUCAAGCUCAUUAUCUUUCGGAUUUCUUAAAAAGAAUAUCUAUAAAUAGUGUAUUGUUAAUGUUGUUACUGUUCAAACAGGGGCCAGGCUUGAUGGUGCACACCUGUAAUCCCAGUACUCGGGAGGCUGAGACAGACAGAUCACUGGGAGUUCAAGGCCAGCCUAAACUGCAUAGCAAGACCCUGUCUAAAAAAAAAUUUUUUUUUAGACAAGGGCUGGGGGAUGGUUCAGUGGUAAAGAGCUCAACUGUAUGGUUCUGUCCCCCAUACAGCAAAGAAAAAAAAUGUUAACCCUGAACCUAGGAAAACUUAUUUAUUAACAAGGUAAACAUCAGAAGGAUUGUUGUGAGUUUGAGGCCAGCCUGAAAUACAAAGCAAGACACUAUCUCAAAAAACUAGAACAUGAUAAACAAUUUUGUCUUAUCUGUGAAGCCCAUUAAUAUUGAUGUAAACUUUUUGCAAGUUUCUUUUCUCAAUCUGUCUUGUCAUUUUGUAAGUGAAUGAAUUUUUUUAAUAAAUGAGAUGUUAUACAUAGGAAUUACGAAUUUAAAAACUAGGAUUUGCCAAGUGUGGCAGCGGUCAGCUAUAAUCCCAACACUCUGGAAAGCUGAGGAAGGAGGAUCAUAAGUUCAAGCCCAGACUAGACAAC